AUGUCAUGGUCGCCUGAUAACACUUCGGUGUUACAAUUAUCUACUCUAUUGAAAGACUCCAUGUCUCCAGAUCAAACUCAAAGAAACCAUGCCAUGGAAUCAUUGGAUCAAUUCAAAUUACAACCAGAAUAUUUAAAUUAUCUUUGUUAUAUCUUAAUUGAAGGUGAAUCUAACGAUUUAUUAAAACAAAACUUCUCUUCCAUGGAACUUCAGAAUAAUAGAGCCACGUCAGGUAUUCUAUUGAAAAAUUCCAUGCUAACUCCACAAUCAUUCGAUAUCAAUUAUGUUAAAUCAAAUAUCAUCCAUGGUCUUUAUAACUCCACAAAUACUCUUAUUACAAACGUCACAGGGAUCGUCAUCACAACUUUGUUUUCCACUUAUUAUAGACAGAAUAGAGAUGAUCAAACUGGUAUGCAAUUAUUAUCACAAUUAUUGGAAUUGACUUCAAAGGGAAAUGAACCAAGUAUUAAAGCACUCUCCAAGAUAAUGGAAGAUAGCGCUCAAUUUUUCCAAUUAGAUUGGUCAGGAAAUAUUAAGCCAAUGGAAAUCUUAAUCGAUCAUUUCAUUCAAUUCAUUACAAACCCUGCCAAUGAUUCAAAUAUCAUUAGAUCAGAAUCCAUCAAAUGUAUUAAUAAUAUCAUUCCUUUACAAAAUCAAAUUUUCUUAUCGAGAUUGGAUGAAUAUUUAAACAUCAUCUUCACAUUGGCUCAAAACGUCGAAGAUGAUUUAGUUAGAACUCAAAUAUGUAUCACUUUUGCUACAAUUCUAGAAUUUAGACCUGAUAAAUUAAUAUCUCACUUAUCAGGAAUUAUUCAAUUCAUGCUACAUAUCAUUGGUUCAGUCAAGGAUGAAAAAGUUGCCAUUGAAGCUUGUGAAUUUUUAUAUACUUUGGCCACUAAUUCAAAUAUUCCACAACAUAUUUUACAACCUUAUAUUGAUACAGUGGUUCCAGUUCUUUUAAGUAAAAUGGUUUAUAAUGAUGAAUCCAUUUUAAUCCUGGAAUCCUCAAACGAUGAUGAUGCCUUCCAAGAAGAUAAAGAUGAAGAUAUUAAGCCAAUGGCUCCUCGUAUUGUAAAGAAAAAGGAUAACUCACAAGGUGGUGAUGACGAUGAUGAUGAAGGUGAUGACGAUGACGAUGGUGGUGAUGUAGACUUACAAUGGAAUUUAAGAAAAUGUUCUGCUGCUACUUUAGAUAUUCUAACAAAUUUAUUACCUCAUGAUGUAAUGAAUAUUGCCUUCCCAUUCUUAAGAGAGCAUUUGACUUCAGACAAGUGGUUUAUUAGAGAAGCUACUGUAUUGGCCUUAGGUGCUAUGGCUGAAGGGGGGAUUAAAUAUUUCGAUGAUCAAUUACCUACUUUGAUUCCAUUCUUGGUUCAACAAUUAAAAGAUCAAUGGGCUCCUGUUCGUAAAAUCACCUGUUGGACUUUAAGUAGAUUUUCUACUUGGAUCUUAAAGGAUCACACUGAAUUUUUAAUGCCAGUCAUUGAAGAAAUUAUCAAAACAUUAAUGGAUAAGAAGAAAGAUGUUCAAGAAGCUGCCAUUAGUAGCGUCGCUGUUUUCAUUGAAAAUUGUGAUGCUGAAUUAGUGGAAACUUUGUUGUAUACUCAAUUAUUAACAAAUUUCGAUCAAUGUUUUAAAUUUUACAAAAAAAAGAAUUUAAUUAUUCUUUAUGACGCUGUUGGUAGAUUUUCUGAAAAAGUUGAAUUGGAUGAUAAUGCAAUGAAUAUGAUCUUACCACAUCUAAUUAACAAAUGGACUUCAUUACCUGAUAACGACAAAGAAUUAUGGCCUUUAUUGGAAUGUUUAUCAUGUGUCGCAUCAUCUUUGGGUUCCAAAUUUUUACCAAUGGCUCCUGAGGUUUACAACAGAGCUUUCAGAAUUCUAUGUAGUUGUAUUGAAUUGGAAACUAAAUCUCAAGCUGAUCCUAGCAUUGUGGUACCAGAAAAGGAUUUCAUAAUCACUUCUUUAGAUAUGAUUGAUGGUUUGGUGCAAGGUUUAGGCCAAGAUUCACAACCUUUACUUUUCCCAAAUGACGGUCAAGAUAGAGUUUUAUUACAGGUUAUGUUGACUUGUUUACAAGAUUCGGUGCAUGAAGUUAGACAAAGUGCCUUUGCUUUAUUAGGUGAUAUCGUAUAUUUCUUGGAUGCUAAUCUGUUAUCCACUACAUUGCCUCAAUUUUUGAAAUUAAUUGGUAUGGAAUUAGUACACAAUGAUGAUUCAGAUGGUAUACCUGCUUUAAUUAAUUCUAUUUGGUCAUUAGGCUUAAUCUCUGAACGUAUAGAGUUGAGAGAUUAUAUAAUCGAUCUUUCAAAAGUACUAUUAGAUUUAUUCACUUCAACCCAACAAAUAUUGGAUCGUUCUGUUUUGGAAAAUGCUGCAAUUACAAUAGGCAGAAUGGCAAUGACCCAUCCAGAAGUCUUUGCAUCUGGAGUUUUUGCUAAUGAUUUAAUUUGGUCUAAAUGGUGUGAUUCAGUGGACAAAUUGGAUAUCCUAGAAGAAAAGAGUAGUGCUUAUAUGGGGUUCAUUAAGAUCGUUAAUGUUACUGGUGAUCAAGUACAAAUGUCUUCAAAAACUUUGAGCAAGAUCAUAAGAGGAUUAUCUACCAAUGUAGACUCAUCAGUUUUUGCUCAAGAUGUGUAUACUUUCCUUGUAAAAUACCAAAGCAUCAUAGGAACUCUUUCCCUAUCACCUGAAGAAAUAUCUUUCUUACAAAACUUUAACGGUUAA